CGUGGAAAGAUUCAGGUAUUCGCUAUUAUGGUGGCGCUCUGUCUGUCUCUAUUAAUAGCCGCUCUGGACCAGACUAUUGUUUCUACCUCACUACCAACCAUCACCUCGCGCCUACAUUCUGCGAGCGGCUAUACCUGGAUUGGGGCCGCCUACCUAUUGGCAAGUGCGGCUGCGGCCCCGAUAUGGGCCAAGAUUUCCGAUAUAUGGGGCCGCAAACCAGUUCUCCUGGUUGCUGUCCUGUGGUUCUUCCUCAGCUCUAUAGUUUGCGCGGCCGCGGUGGACAUGGAGAUGUUGAUCGCUGGUCGAGCCCUGCAAGGUGUGGCAGGCGGUGGACUACUACAGCUCGUCAUGAUCGUUGUAUCCGAUUUAUUUAGCGUCAGGCACCGAAGUCUCUACAUGGGGAUUCUUGAAUUCAUGUGGACUAUUGCUGGCGGCCUUGGACCCAUCCUCGGGGGGGUGUUUUCGGAGUUUGUCUCCUGGCGAUGGAACUUCUGGAUAAAUCUUCCUGUCUGCGGAAUCGCAUUCAUAUUGCUGUUCAUGUACUUGGACGUCCAUAAUCCGGGCACGAAAGUCACAGACGGAUUGAAGGCCAUUGACUGGCUAGGAAGUCUGUCUAUCCUGGGCUUCACCCUGAUGGUGCUCUUGGGCCUAAACUUUGGAGGGGAAACCUUUGCCUGGAAUUCCUCCCAAGUGGGUUGCCUUCUUGUGUUUGGGUCCUUGUUCUUGGGUGUAUUCUUCUACGGGGAGAAGUAUGUCGCCAAAUACCCACUGAUGCCUCUGUGGAUUUUCCAAAACCGAUCCAAUGUUGCUGUGUCGUUAGUUACUUUAUUCCAUGGAGCAGUGUCCAUUGCCUGCGAAUAUUGGCUCCCUCUAUACUUCCAAUCAGCCAAGCAAGCAAGCCCUAUGCAAUCGGGAUUCCUCCUUCUCCCUCUCGUUAUUGCUGAAGGCUUUUUCAGCGGAAUUUCAGCCUGGUUAGUCCACAGUACAGGCAAAUUCGUGGAACUGAUCUGGAUAGGAACCAGCCUCCUUACGCUUGGGACAGGGCUAUUUAUCCGACUUGGCCCAGCUUCCUCUCUCGUCGAGUUGAUUUUCUUCCAAAUCCUUGCAGGCGCCGGAUCGGCCAUAUUGUUUGCAUCUCCACUGAUUGCCUUGCAAUCAAGGGUGACGCAAAAGGAUACAGCAAGCGCCACGGCCAUGUUAGGCUUCAUCCGAACUAUGGCCAUGUCUGUCUCGAUUGUGGUGGGCGGGGUGGUUUUCGAGAACAGCAUGGCCAAGGAAAGAGGAGUGCUAGAGCAGGCAGGGCUGGUGGAUGAAAUAGCGCAGCAACUUACUGGCGCUUCAGCAGCGGCUAGCACCGAAAUCAUAAAGUCUAUUGGUGAUCCUUCAAAGGUCCGCAUCGUGGCUGAUGCGUUUUCUUCGGGGCUACGGAAUUUGUGGAUCAUGUACACUUGCAUGGCUGGCAUUGCUGUCGUUGCGAGCGCUUUCAUCGUCAGCCAGCCUCUCAGUGAGGAACAUACCGAAACAAAAACAGGUCUCAAACACGAGUAGUCUUCUCUAUCAUUGUUUGGCGCCCAUUUCAGUGUCUUGAGAAAGAUUCAGGUGAUUAUAUAUUCUGCGCCUAGCUACUAAGCGUUCUUUAUAGAUUGGAAUACAUCAAGGGUU